AUGGUGUCUUGUGGACUUGAGCUGACCGGUAUCUCUCUGUCAGUGCUGGGCUGGGUGCUGAGUGUGAUCAGCUGCGUCCUGCCAAUGUGGAGGGUCUCCACUUGUGAUGACCCCAACAUUGCUCAGUUAUACUGGGAGGGUCUAUGGAUGAGUUGUGUGUCCCACAACACAGGACAAAUGGAGUGUAACUUCCAUCACUCCAUGCAGGAUUUACCUCAGGAUCUGCAGGUGGCCAGGAUCCUCACAACAGUUGCUGUCAUUUUGGGGCUAGUGGCGCUACUUAUUUUCAUUGUGGAAGACAACUGUUCCAACUGCAAUCAUAAUGAGAGGGUCAAAGCCAGGUUGAUGGUUUCUUCUGGAGGGAUGUUCAUCACUGCAGCUCUGCUACAACUGGUGCCUGUCUUCUGGUCAGCAUUCACCAUCAUAGUUGAGUUCUCCAGUCCACUCAUCCUCUGUCAUCGGAAAAGGAAGACCGGGAUGGCUCAGUACUUGGGAUGGUUUGCCUCAACCAUACUACUUAUUGGUGGAUCUAUCCUAUUUACAUGGUACCCUGAACAGAAAGACAGACUAACAAAGAGAUACAACACUUACCCCCAGACUUGUGUCAUAUACUCUGCUACUCCAGGGUCAACGUCUCAAAGCUCCCACCACAAAAAGGACUAG